UGGGGGACAGCUGGAUGUUGCCUGGAAUGUCUGAGAAGUGCGUGACCUACUUCUAAACAAUGUUAUUGCCGUUAACAAACUUCAGCUCUGUAACCUAGUGGAGAGUAUAUAAUCAAUUUUGGAAGGAUCUGCUGUGCUUUUUCAUCUCAUAGACUAUGUCCCAGUUCUCGCACAACUAUCUUCUUGUUCCUAUCCCCGAAUACCCUCUCUUAGACUGUGAUCCUAACAGGAAUAUAAAGAUUGUUGUAUUGGGAGGAAGUGGAGUUGGAAAAACAGCACUAAUCGUACGGUUUCUCACAAAGAGGUUUAUCGGAGACUACGAAGCAAAUACAGGGGCAUUAUAUUCGAGGAAAGUCACAAUCGAUGGGGAACAGAUUUCUCUCCAAGUGCAGGACACCCCCUUUGUCUUGAUGGAGGAUGAUAUGGACAACAUUUCUUGUCAGGAACAAAUCAACCGAUCCAUCUACUGGGCAGAUGGCUUUGUUUUUGUCUUCUCUAUUACAGACUAUAAUAGUUACCGAGUGAUCAGACCUCUGUACCAGCAUCUUCGUAAAAUCCAUCCAAAUACCAAGAUACCACUUUUGCUGGUGGGAAAUAAAGCUGAUCUACUAAGAGCCAGACAAGUAUCCUCUGAUGAAGGUCUCCAGUUAGCCAAUGAAUUGACUGGGACCUAUGCUGAGGUGUCUGCCAGGGAAAACUAUGAGGAUGUAUACGGUGCUUUCUACCAACUAUGCCAAGAAGUUGGCAAGAUGAUCUUCAGCUGUAAUGGAGAGAAAAGGAGGGGACUCCAUCUUGUGCGUCCAAGAUCUCCCAACAUGCAGGACCUAAAAAGACGUUUCAAACAGGUGUUGUCAUCCAAAGUAAAGACUGCUACUGCUCUCUGACCACCGUCUACCACAUAUAUGUUGAUCCAUUAUAAAUAAAACGCCCAUUGUUUUGGGGGGGUUGGGAGGGAGGUUGGCACAAAUCACUCUGGAAAGGACUUGUGCCAUAUUAUAUUUAUGCACUUGACAUGUCUGUGUUGGUCUGUGACCACUUUUUUUUUGCCUGGUAGUUAUAAUAAUUGUUGGUUAGUGCAGCUAUAUUUAUGAGCUUUUAUGUGCCCUUCUAUUGAUUUUUAUUCUACUAUGUUAUUAAAACUAAACAAAUCAUUUCACAUUUCUCAGUGACACUGCAAUUCAAAAUAUAUAACCUUUAUUAUUUGGAAGCAGAAAACAAUAUUGCAUUCAGCAAUGUUCUUUCUUUUUUAAUCAUCAAUCAGACUAAAUAACAGGGUUGACAGGAACUUGAAGUCGCAAUAAGGAACAAAUAUGCAGUAACUGAUGCUUACAAUAAGGGAUUCCUGGUAACCCUGCUAAGAUGCAUAAUAAACUUCUAUGAAAUUUGACAGCACUAUACAAAUAAAUAAUAACAGUAAUAUACAUAUUAUGUGAGAUGUAAGAGGCAAUGUGCUAUGUUAUAAACUUUAUUCAGGGAAUUUAUUCCUUUAAGUUAACUUGUUAAAGGGACAUUAUAAUAAAACAUGCUCAACUGUUA